UACUCGACUAUUUUCAGACUGGCAUUGACUCGAGCUCGACGACGUCUGGAGGGUGGGAUGCUGUUGGACGUUGGCUGCGGUACGGGCAUCCUCUCGAUGUUCGGGGCCAAGGCGGGCGCUGCUCAUGUCUACGCCCUUGAUGGCGUUGCUAACCUCUGCAGCCUAGCUCGCCAAAUCAUUGCCGAAAACCAUUUGUCAUCUGCCAUCACAGUAAUAAACAGCAAAGUGGAGGACGCGCAACUUGGCGUUGAUCGCGUUGAUGCUAUAGUGAGUGAAUGGAUGGGCCAUGCACUUCUUUACGAGAACAUGCUGUCGUCGGUGUUGUGCGCUCGGGAUCGGUACCUUCAUCCUCCCCACACCACGGUCGAUCUGACUAGUUGGCGUCGGGAGCGUCUCUUCCCCUGUCGUGCCUCCAUCUCCCUUGCCGCCUUCUCGACAGCUCCUGUGAAUGGUUAUGGUGAAGAGGAGGAAGGAGGGAAGGCAAAUUGCGCUGAAUAUCCACAACAGUGGGAAGAACUGUCCAAACUCUAUGGAGCAUUGCAGUGUGAGUGUCAUCUGUCCUGGCAGACGUCGGUAUGGUUUCGAACACUCACUUCGCGUGUACACCUUCAGGAGGGGAUCGGCAAUGGUAGUGAUAGAAGCGCGUGGUGGUGUUGGAAUGAAAGGCUGAAGCAAGUGUUAACUGUUGUUAAACUGUCUAAGGUGAAUUUGACCGGAGCGUUUGCGCGUGCGGUGCAGGAGGACUUGGAGAGGCGUGUGCAUGUGGACAUGGUCGAUCCGCAGUGUGUUGUCUCCUCGACUUCGGUGGUGGCAACAUUGGAUUUGGCGGUCCUUUCGGUGGAGGCAUUGUGCACACAGGGAAUAAAGGGCACUUUCGAGGUGAAAUCGAUGGGCACGGUGUUGGCGAAGGGGCUUGUCAUUUGGUUUUCCGUGGAAUUUCCGGACGGCGAUGUGCUUUCAACCUCCCCCUAUAAGGCUUCUACUCACUGGCAGCAGUCAUUGCUUUACUUGUCAAGACCAUUGCCACUUCAUCAAGAUGACGUGUUGAGUGGGGAGGUGCACUUCACGCAUCCACAGGAUUCGCCCAGGGCAAAAUCUUACUUAUAUGUUGAUUUGUGGUGUCUGGAGGGAUCUGAGCAUUUCGAUCGCUCUCUUGGUGAACCACUCCGACGAGACACGAGUCGAGGCCAACUUUCUCCUAUCAAGUUGACUUUCACAUUAUCGUGUGUAUACAUUGCCUCGUGA